CCGCAACCACGCCCACCGCGCCCGCAAGGCCUGCCGGGAGGGCGCCCAUCUUCUUUGAGCGCGUUAGUUAGGCCGGCGGCGCCGAGGAGUGGGGCGGUCCUGGGGUUGUUCGUGAGCCUGUGGCGCGCGUGCGGGAUUAGCCACAAUGGCUGAAAAUGGUGAUAAUGAAAAAAUGGCUGCUCUGGAGGCCAAAAUCUGUCAUCAAAUUGAGUAUUACUUUGGAGACUUCAAUUUGCCACGGGACAAAUUUUUAAAGGAACAGAUCAAAUUGGAUGAAGGCUGGGUACCCUUAGAAAUAAUGAUAAAAUUCAACAGGCUCAACCGCCUAACAACAGACUUUAAUGUAAUAGUGGAAGCACUGAGCAAAUCUAAAGCAGAACUCAUGGAAAUCAGUGAAGAUAAAACUAAAAUCAGAAGGUCUCCAAACAAACCCCUCCCUGAAGUGACUGAUGAGUAUAAAAAUGAUGUAAAAAACAGAUCUGUUUAUAUUAAAGGCUUCCCAACAGAUGCAACCCUUGAUGACAUCAAAGAAUGGCUAGAAGAUAAAGGGCAAGUACUAAAUAUCCAGAUGAGAAGAACAUUGCACAAAGCAUUUAAGGGAUCAAUAUUUGCUGUGUUUGAUAGCAUUGAAUCUGCUAAGAAGUUUGUAGAAACUCCGGGCCAAAAGUAUAAAGACACAGACUUGCUAAUACUUUUUAAGGAAGAUUAUUUUGCAAAGAAAAAUGAAGAAAGAAAGCAAAAUAAAGUGGAAGCUAAAUUAAGAGCUAAACAAGAGCAAGAAGAAAAACAGAAGUUAGCAGAAGAUGCUGAAAUGAAAUCUCUAGAAGAAAAGAUUGGAUGCUUGCUGAAGUUUUCGGGUGACUUAGACGAUCAGACCUGUAGAGAAGAUUUGCACGUCCUUUUCUCAAAUCAUGGUGAAAUAAAAUGGAUAGACUUUGUGGAUCAGUGAAAAGAGCAAGAGAAGAAACAGACAAAGAAGAACCUGCACCAAAACAACAGAAAACAGAAAAUGGUGCUGGAGACCAGUAGUUUAGUAAACAGGUUUUUUUAUUCAUCUUAGGUUUUAAGCUGCUUUUUGUCUUUGGCGGCUUUUAAAAAGAAAACCGAAUUAGGUCCACUUCAAUGUCCACCUGUAAAAAAGGACAAUUUUUGUUGUUGUUUUAACUCAUCUUUUUGUUGUUACCCAAACACAUUUUUUUAAAUGUAUAGUUUUAUUUGUGUUCAGACUCAGAUAUCAAAAAGAUUCUCCCACUAAAUUGCCUUUGUAAUAUGAGAAUGUAUUAGUAUAAAAUAACAAAAUAUAUACUAUAUAAAAAGAA